UCCUUGAGGUUUUCUGGAAAAGGUUAUGGAAAACAGUCUUGUUCUUACCCCGUACUCAGGUCUCUUCACUACCCUGCCUGCAGAAAAGCAACGCCCCGUGAAGCAGUCCCUGAGCGCCUGCAUGUGCAGAGAGUCCCACUGGAAAUGCCUCCUGCUCUCCAUCCUCAUGUACGGUUGUCUGGGAGCGGUAGCCUGGUGUCAGCUGGCUCGGGUCACCAAGCUCAGCUUUGAUAGCUCCUUCAAGGGCAAGUCUAUGAUCUACCAUGACAGCCCAUGCUCAGAUGGCUACGUCUACAUCCCUUUGGCCUUCCUCUCCAUGCUGUAUGUGGUAUACCUGGUGGAGUGCUGGCACUGCCAUGUCAAGAGGGAGCUGCAGUACAAGGCUGACGUGGACAGUGUCUACGAAUGCAUCAACCGCAUGCAGCAAGCCACCCCAUGCAUCUGGUGGAAGGCCAUCAGCUACCAUUUUGUUCGGCGUACCCGACAGGUGACUCGGUACCGCAACGGUGAUGCCUACACCACCACGCAAGUCUACCAUGAAAGGGUCAACACCCAUGUGGCCGAAGCUGAAUUUGACUAUUCUCACUGUGGAUACAAAGACAUCUCCAAAGAGCUCCUGGGCUUGGAGAGCUACACAGCCACUAAGCUGAGGUUCACAAAAUGCUUCAGCUUUGCCAACAUUGAGUCUGAGAACUCUUAUUUGACCCAGAGGGCUCACUUUUUCACAGAGAUUGAGGGGCUGGAUGACUACAUGGAAGUGAGGGAAGGCAUGCAACUCAAAAAUGUGGACUUUAAGGAACUGAUGAUGGCCUACGGGGAUCCAGAUCACCUCCCAUGGUAUGUGUCUCACUAUGCCUUCUGGGUAGCAGCUAUCUUGAUGAUCUCAUGGCCACUUAGGGUGCUCAUAGAGUAUCGGACUGCUUAUGUUCACUACCACGUGGAGAAACUGCUGGGCCUGGAGUACACGGCACCGGCUGCGACGGAGGAGCCCUUGUACAGGUAUCGCAUGCCCAGGGACAGCACUCAGGACAGCACGGAGCUGGAGUGGCACAUCUGCACCAAUCGGCAGCUGAUCCCCAGCUACUCGGAGGCCAUGCUCAUGGACCUGACGGACUCCCCGGCGUACAACAGCUACACGGUGUGUCAGUACAGCGAGGCGGCCCACGGCUGCGAGCGCUGCAACCGUGCCUCCAGCACCUCGUCCAUCUUCUCACGCCACGCUUUCCACAGCUGCAGCGGCAACUCACGCCUCUCCCUCAACACGAGCCGCUUCUCCCUCUGCCGCAUCCACGGCUCCCACAGGACAGGCCUCUGGAGAAGCCGCAGCAGCAGCAUUGCUGAGCGGGGCUGCCACGACGAACAGUGCUGCUCCUACUCCAGCCAGCUGGCUGUCAAUGAAAACCCCCCAACCUACCAUGACGCCCGCUUCUUCCCCGUGCUCAUCGUGCACAGGCCCGAGGCGCACGACAGAAGGCAUUUCUACAUCAGACGCUCCUCCUGCCUGGAAACGUCACUGUGA